UGGUAGAUAGCGGCGAGUUAUCGUUACUUACUAGGUGGCGCAACGUGUCCCGGUCCAUCAUUCGGAUUACUUCGAGAUUUAUCUCACACAAAAACAAAGAAAGUUUACUUCCGUGUUCUAUAAAUUCAAUUUAAACGUCUUAAAAUGCCGAAAACUUGUUGUUCCGUACCGGGUUGUCAUGAAAGGGGAGGACAUGAAUACCCGAGUGAUCCUAUAAGAAGGGCGAAAUGGGUACAGGCCGUUCGACGACUUGAUGAAAACACAAUGAAAAUGUGGACGCCAACAAAAUCGUCCGUCGUAUGCAAGAAACACUUUACACCGGAUGACUACAUAAAGGAGACUAUUUUUGGAUUGAAACCUGGAUAUGAACGGCUUCUGGCAACAGCAGUACCUAGUAUUUUUCCUUGGACAACAGCGGAUGGGGAGACAGCAAAAAAUAGGAAAGAAAGAGCUUUGAACAGAGAUUAUAGAAAAAGUGAAUUAGAUAGGUCUUGUAAAGAAGACUUGGAGAGAAGUUUUACUGAACAUGUUGAUUUCGCAGAAGAAGUAAUAGAGACAGAGACAUUCACAGCAACACCUCUAUUUGAAGAUGAAUUCACUGUUAAAAACUGUAUGACCCAGACUGAUGAGACACCAAUGUUCUCAAUUGAGAGAUUUUCUUCCAACAAUGAACUGAUACAUUUUUAUACAGGUCUGGAGUCAUAUGCUAAAUUUAUGUUUGUGUUGAAUUCUUUGGGACCUGCAGCAUACUGUUUGAAAUACAUAUACAUGUAUUUUCAAAUAAGUGGUAUAUCUGUUGAAAACCAACUGUUUAUGACUUUGAUGAAGUUAAGGCGAUAUUCAACAAACUUUGAACUGUCAACUUUUUUCUCAGUUUCUGAAUCAAGUGUGAAAAAUAUUGUUUACACAUGGAUUAUAUUUAUGUCAAAACAGUGGAGGGAAGCCAAUAUAUGGCCAAGUCAGAAUCUGGUGAGGUAUUUUAUGCCGUCGGAUUUUAAAUUAAAAUUCCCAAAGACAAGAAUCAUAAUUGAUGGAACUGAAUGCCCAAUUAAAAAACCUAAAGCACCUAGAGCUCAGCAGUCUACAUAUUCAACAUACAAGAACAGAAACACUAUUAAAGUUCUUGUUGGCACAACACCUGGUGGAUUAGUAAACUAUAUUUCUGAAGCUUAUGGAGGGUCUACCAGUGACAGACAAAUUGUUGAAAGGUGUAAAAUUGUAAAUGCCUGUGACCCCGGGGAUAGUGUAAUGGCCGAUAAAGGUUUUAACGUUCAGGAUUUGUUUGCGACAGCAAAUGUGCGAGUUAAUGUACCAACGUUCUUCAAAAAGAAAAAUAGAAUGUCUGGGAAAAUAGUUCUUAAUGACAGGAAAAUAUCCAGUAAAAGGGUACAUAUUGAAAGAAUUAUUGGACUAGGAAAAACUUACAAGAUCUUGACAUGUCCUUUAACGGGCACGGAAACAAAGUUGUCGUCACAUAUAACUUAUGUCUGUUUUAUGUUGUGUAACUUCAAGACGUGUAUAGUUCCAAAACAUGCUUAGCACAUUGAGUACAACAUAGUUUCUGUUGACAGUUGUUGAUGUCAAAGAAAACACAACACUUUGAUAUAAUAAAUAUGUAUAUAUUGAAUACUUUCUGCAUAUUAUCAAACAAGAGAUUAAAAACAAGUAAAAUAAAUCAAUUUCAAAACUUCA